AAUAACCCUCACAUUUGCGCCACUUCUUUAGACUGAUUAAAGCACCCAAAAAAUAAAAAAAUUAAAGAAUAAAAAAAAUUCAGCAGCAAUGAUUACCUUCUCCUCCGUUCAACCGACGACCGCCACCCAAACCCCGGCCACCACCUCCGCCGCCGCAGUAGCGUCACUCAUCCCGCACCACAAUUCCCACCCACACCAAUUGUCCUUCUCCUCCUUCGCGCCUCACCACCCCCACUCCCACCGCCGCCGCCGCCCCCUCAGCGUCCGCGCAAUCGACGCCGCGCAGCCCUACGACUACGAGGCGCACCUCGUCCACCGCUUCACCCAGUCGACGAAGCUCAAAAUCGCCGUCGUAGGGUUCGGAAACUUCGGCCAAUUCCUCGCCAAGGCGUUCGUCCGCCAGGGCCACACCGUCUACGCCCACUCCCGAUCCAAUUACCACUCAAUCGCCCAAUCGAUCGGCGCCGCCUUCUUCUCCGAUCUCCACGACCUCUGCGAGCAGCACCCCGACGUCAUCCUAAUCUGCACCUCCAUCCUCUCCACCGAAACCGUCCUCAAAGCCAUCCCCCUCCAGCGCCUCCGCCGCAACACACUCUUCGUCGACGUUCUCUCCGUCAAGGAAUUCCCCAAAAACAUCUUCCUCCAAGUCCUCCCCAACCACUUCGACAUCCUCUGCACCCACCCCAUGUUCGGCCCCGAGAGCGGCAAACACAGCUGGCAGAAUCUCCCCUUCGUCUUCGACAAAGUCCGGAUCGGGAACGAGGAUUCUAGGGUUUCCAGGGUCGAAACAUUCCUCGACGUUUUCAAAAAGGAAGGCUGCACUAUGGUGGAGAUGACCUGCACGGAACACGAUAAGUACGCCGCGGGCUCGCAGUUCAUCACGCACACAAUGGGGCGAAUACUCGAGAAAUUGCAGCUCGAGAGCACUCCGAUCAACACCAGAGGGUACGAAACCUUGCUAAAUUUGGUGGAGAACACGGCCAGCGACAGUUUCGAUCUGUAUUACGGGCUUUUCAUGUACAACAAGAAUGCCAUGGAGCAAUUGGAGAGAUUGGAUUUGGCGUUCGAGUCUUUGAAGAAAGAGCUAUUCGGACACUUGCACGAGGUUUUGAGGAAGCAGUUGUUCGGCAAGUCCGAGGAGAGCGGCUUCCGUAGGCCAAUGCUGUCUAAAUUGCCCAAGAACGGGACUCCGUUAUUACCGCCCCAAUCCGAGAACGGGACGCCUUUGUUACCGGCCAAAUCGGAGUCUUUGGGCGACAAUGGCAAUUUAGGAUGAUUUGUGUUGUACUAUAGGUAUACCAUUUAUCCUCCCGAUGAAAGAAAAGGGCGAAUAGAGACACCCAAUCGUGUACAGACGGUAUUGUAACCUAUCAACAAGCAUCUCUUUCAAUUGGAGUGUUUCUUUCAUGUUGAUUUCUGCCAUGUUGUAGACCUUUUUACCUUUUCAUUGUUUGUUGUACUUUUAUCUAUCGACCUACGGUUUUCGAGUUUAUUCGAUGAGAACUAAUCCAAGUUGAAA